CGGACGUAGCAGAACCUAUGUCACGUGUCCCGUUGGCCGGUCAACUACUGGUCGAUUGUCAACUUUGCCCUGAUGUCAAUACAUGAUGCUGGCUUGCUUUUUUAAAUUCCCCGAGUCAACCACAAAGCCUGAGCUUCAUUUGAUUGAUAUGGCACGUCUUCACAUUGAUAGUGAUGACGAGUUUCCAGAUAUUGAUCUGGCCACGUUUCAGCUUUCUCAAAGGAUCGUCGAUACUGAAAUUCAAUCGAAUGAAUUUUUAGACCGGCACUGUGAGAAGUGGACCAAGAAGAACUCACAAUCACUCAAUGAGCAGACAGCAAUAACAAACGAAGACCACUGCAAAAAGCUUCAUGGUAAUGAGGCAUCCUAUCAAGGUGAAAGGGGGUGCUCAAAUACGCCGCCCAGGAAAUCCCAGAAGAGAAUGCCAGGAAAAAUUGACAUGUUCAGAUCGCAUUUCGAAUCUGAAUUGAUCCCGUCUAGUGGAGAAGCUUGCCCAAAUUCCCAUAUUUGCCUGAAAUCACCCCAUUAUAACGUUGCAUCCGAUCGGCAAACUUUGGUUGUGGUGGAUCAGCCGCAAAUAAAGGGAGAUUUUUCGAGACUCCAAGAGAACAAUCAAAUGUUGUCAAGGAAAUGGAAUUCGAAAAGGGAACCCUUUCAUCCGCUUGAAAAUUCUCGCAGGACCUGGAUCCCUGACAUCUCUUAUCUCUAUGCCGAAAGCUCAUCAAGUGGGCAAGAGCCUGAAUGUGUUGAGGCGGCUGGGUGCAAAAGAGUGAAUACGGAUACUGGUCAAUGCCAGAAACUUCAAAAUGAACGGGCGAGCUUUCCAGAAAUUGAUACUGGGGCUAUUCUUAUCUAUUCGCCUCCAAACACCAAAUCUCCCUCCAAGUUCUCCUCAGCGGGAAGUACCUCACGCCUGACACCUCCGCAGCUCUAUCCAAAGCAGCGAUUCUCAGUGAAGAGAAAAGGUAAUUCUCCCUAUGUUCACAAGGAAGGCGACGACAAAUUCUUGAGUCAAACAAGGAUCGAUAAAGCAAAUGACCAGGACGAAUUAGUGCCGCUACAAGACCAAGGACAAAAUAAGGAUGCCGUUUCAAGGUCCAGUGAUAAAAUGGCACAGCACGGAAUAAAUAAAAGAAUCGAUCAUCUGGCGGGCCCAAACAAGAGAAAAUUUGAUCAAGAGAAAUAUGACCUUGGCGAAUCAUUCCUAACAGAGCUCGAUCUGAAGAUCACAGGUGGAAAGAUUGCUGAGUUAACUGCAUCAGGAGGGGGUGUUCGAUUGGUUUGGAGUAAAAAAUUGAACACAACAGCUGGAAGAGCAAAUUGGAAGCGGGAAGUGAUCAAUUCAGGUACAGCUAAUAGCAACCGAUCGGCGCAAUAUCGACAUCAUGCUUCGAUAGAAUUAGCGGAGAAAGUUAUCAACAAUAAUGAUCGCCUUCUAAAUGUGAUUGCUCAUGAAUAUUGUCAUCUCGCAACCUUCAUGAUAGAUAACAUUCAAGAUAAACCGCACGGGAAAGCUUUCAAAGAAUGGGCAAGAAAGUGUUCAACUUUGUUUGGAAAUCGUGGCAUUCUCGUAACAACUAAGCACUCAUAUGAUAUCAACUACAAAUAUACCUGGCAAUGUCAGGAUUGCGGACUAGAAUAUAAGCGACACUCGAAAUCGAUCGAUCCUCGGCGGCAUGCUUGCGGUAAUUGCAAGUCCCAGCUUGUUCAAACACGUCCUUCACCUCGAAUGGCUGGUCCUACGAGUUAUCAGCUCUUCGUGAAACAUAACUAUAAAACAAUCAGGGAGGAUCACCCUCAUUGCACACAAAAGGAACUUAUGGGACUCUUGGGAAAAGCCUACAAAAUGGCCGAGGGCAGAAUCGUAAAGCUGGAGAGCGAUGAACAUGGUAAAAAUAACAAUCCUGAUUUCGAAAUGGAUGUCAUCUCUCGAGCACUAGAGGUGUCAUCAUUAGACCCUUGAAUGGGUAUAGCUUUGCUUUAAGCAGUGUAUAUCAAGUUAGUAUUCGCAGUUCAAAAUCAAAGUUGACAUUCAACCCA